AUGGCCCUCUGUGGGGCUGCUCACUUGCUCUGUGGAGAUCACACCGAAGCUCUUCUCAUCACCGAAAAGCUGAUGGUCAACGGCCAUGCAAGCGCCUGGAAGUUGGCCGUGGCGCUGGCAGCAGCACACGGCGGAGAGGAUACUUCUGCACUUCUUGCGGAUGCGGUCCGAGUCUGUCCAGACGAGGAUCUGCCGCGGCUGCUGAGUCAUUUCCAGUAUGGGCCAACUCCGCAGCCGAGCCGAUACCCCGGCCAGGUACCGAGAGGCUACGCCCACGACGAGCACGGACCGAGCUUCCUGUCGCUCGAGUUGGAGAAGCAGUUGCAGAAUCCGGCGCCCACCUGGACCGGGUUGGCGCUCGGGGAAGUGGCUCCCCAGCUCUCCUCCGAAGAGAUGAAGGCCUGGGCCUUCGAUGCGUUGAGCUCGGAUCGUGAGCUGUCCUUGGCCCUCUUUCACUGCGCUGGCGCGGAUCCACCGAGCGUCGACCAGAGCCGGAUCUCUCCCCCUGUGCCCAGCGAGGGCCUCGAGCUCAGCGAGGAGGAGGCCUGGGAGUCUCUGGAAGUGGCCGCGGCUCCCGGACUCCUCGUGGACAUCGCCAAUACUUCGCGCGGUCUAGAGGAGGAAGCCGCUGCCCAAGCCGCAGAGGCAGUUCGCCUCGUCGAAACCCAGAUCCGAAGUUUGGCCGACUUUGAGGAGAGUCCCGUGCGGCAGAAACCACGGAGGAGGAACAUCGAUGAAGCGCCCAAGUCUGCUGCGCUGCUGGCUGUCUAUCAGCUCUGCCCUGGCCUGGAGGGCGCCCCCCCGCGGGACUUAGCAGAAGAGGUUCUGAGAAAAGCGAGCACGAGCCCGGCUUCUGAAUCUCUCCGGCUGGUGCGGGCUGUUGCUGGCGUGGCGGAACUUAACUCGCACGGCGCAACGCCCUCGGAGCUGGCAUUGAGGGCUUCCCUGGUCGCUUUUCGAGCAGGACGUCCUGUGCAGGACAUUGCCGUCAUUCUGGUCUGGCUCACCCCGACGGAUGCGGUGCGACUCUUGGAGUCCGUGAUGGAGGACGCGCAGUCCUCAAGGAGUCGAUGCCUGGAGGUCAUUGCUUAUCUCCGGACGCAGUGUGGGCAAAAUAUAGCCCCGGAUGAUUCACAGUUGGAGGAGGUUCUCCGACAGGCCGAAGCUUUGAUCCUACUCAAGACCUUGACCGAGGGGAGCUCUGGCAAGGAGCACUUUCCGCUGCACCUGCUUCCCGGGCAUCGUCUCGUUGACGCUGUGGCGACUUGGCGAAACGAGCUGGAGACGUUGCCUUCGGCAGUUCGCGAGGCUGCGCUGGCAUUGCUGGACACCGGCUUUGACGCAGGUUGA